GCCAGCUGGUCAUUCUGCCAUUCUAAGAGUCAAUAAUUCAUUUUUAAUAUAUCUGAGUUACACAUACAAAUCUCUAUGUGAUUCUUUGCACUGUACCAUUGAUAUUGUCCAUAUUCUCUCACUAUAGGCAUAUAGAACUGGUUGACCAGCCAAACAACUGUCCUUAUAUAUACCACCAACCCGAGAGCUUCUAUGACGUGAUUUCGGCCGCCUGACUAAUAUAACCAGCUUAUAUUUGGUAUUUAGUUGGAAGAUCUUUGGCCGAACAAUGUUCCCCAGUCUUCUCUGCGAGAUAAUUGCGUGUUUCCUCAGAUAUUAAUGCGGGCAUUGCGGUGUUUUUGCGUGUUUUGCUUACCAAUUCGUUUAUCCAAGGGAGAUAAGUUGCUUGUGAGUGUGAGAGAGAGAGGUAGAGAGAAGAGAAGCAGGCGAAGCCUAUCGGAUAAACGAAUUGGAAUCACUGGAACGAUGCUGAACCCUAGUUACGUUUAAGUUAUUUAUUACGGAUUACGGAAUAGAAAGAGGGAAUUAAUUAUGUUUCAGAAAAACAAACAAAGCAUGGGCAAGAAGCCUGAUAAAUAUUAACCAGGCGGACGGCGGGGGGGAAGGGAGGGGGAUUGAUUAAUUAAUUUCGGUGUCGCAGAUACCUCCUCCAUAGUAUUUAACUACUAUCCCUGUGUAUAAUAUAAAUAUAACAACACCCCUACGUUUCCUUUGGCCUCCCCUCUGUCGUUCAUCUUUCCUCGACUCUUCUUCUUACCUUACUACUACGGACACCCGCUCCAGAGACAAAAGACAAAGAAGAAAAGAUAGCAAAACGAAAGCAACAAUGACCGACACACAACACGAGUACAAAUUUAACGUCACCAUGAGCUGUGGCGGCUGCUCAGGCGCCAUCGAGCGCGUCCUCAAGAAACUUGACGGCGUCAAAUCCUACACCGUCAAUCUCGAAUCGCAGACCGCAACCGUCCUCACUGAACCUUCGCUUGAAUACGACACCGUGCUCGCCACCAUUAAGAAAACAGGCAAGACAGUCACUAAGGGCGAGGCUGAUGGUGUGCAGAAGGACGUUUAAAUAUGGACAAUUAUAUUUGGAGAAAAAGGUAUGGGGAGGUGGGGGUAAGAGACAUAUCGGGGUAUAUCGCCGCGGCACAUGGUUGGUAGUGUUGGUAGUUGAUGGUUUGGCGACACGGAGCGGCGCGUGGGGGUUUGUUACAUUACAAAGGUUACGAUUAUAGGUGAAGAGGGACUUUCAUUGCAGUUGACGGACGGUGGAGGGAGCGAGAGAGCGCUGGAUUAUUUUUCAUAUUUUGAAAUAGGUGGAAUCCCCAACGUUCUGAUAACUAUGGGGAGGGUUUUCCUGCCUUCUUUUUACGAAUGUGGCAUCAGAUCAGAGGCAGAAAUACCAGAGGGAGAGGAUAGAUAGGGUCAAUCUCAUGCCUUGCCUUGCUCUCCGGGAUUACUUGCACGCUAUCACCAUAGCAAUACAAUAUCUUUAGCCAGCUAUCUUUAAAGAAUCGUAAUAUUUGUUUCUUAAAACUAGUUUGUUUGCUCUAGUUAAACAUUUGAUAGAUGCUAACUAUCACCUCACCAACAUUUAUGUCAGUUAAUAGCACUGUACAUACAAAGAAAAUCAAAUGGAUCUCCUAGGCGAUUAAUUAAUCCACAUAAAUUGGCUCCACUGGAGUCUCAAGCCAGUAUGUACAUGCAUUACGUCAACCCUCCUCCGAGGCAAUUGGGUAUCAAGUAACUACUGUACAGCAUUGCCGCGGGGAGAGAAUGACACAAAAAGUAA